UUCAAGACAGCGAAGGUCUUGGAGUGCAUGCACACGUUCUGCGAAGAAUGUCUCACUCGUCAUUUCAACUCUGUCAACAGCAGCAGACUCGUCAUGACGACAAACUUUCCAUGCCCAACCUGCAGAAAAACGAUUUAUAUUCCAAAUAAAGGAAUAUCAGCUUUUCCUACUGAUUUGAAAAUCAAACAAAUUUUGGAAUUUAUUGAA